AACUCCCGCACCCCAGUUUGGGAACCACUGCACUAAACACUCAUGAACGCCCAUUUGGUUCAGUGUCGUUUUCCUUUAGACUCGGGCGUGAAACGCAUUCCACGUAAAAAUACAGAAGAAAGGUGAAAAAAGCUGUGCUUUGUCUUAAGAUGUUACUUCUAAGAUACUCGACGGCUGUCAUCUGUGCCGUGUUCAUCGCCACAGGAGCUGUUUCAGGUGAAAAAAAGAUAAAAGCAGUGGGUGAUACAGUGUCUUUUCGUCUAACCAACAUAAAUCCUCCGGUCACCAGCAUUAUAUGGAAACACAGAAGCAGCAGUGGAGUUGUUGUCAAGGCGAUUGAAUGGGAUGAUGAUGGUUUAAACAUCCCCAGUUCAAGAUUCAAAAACAUCACAACUCUUGAUGAGAAAACUGGACAAAUCACUAUAACUAAAUUAACUGUUGAACAUAGUGGAGUUUAUACCAUUGACAUCAACAGUAAAGAGCAGGAACAAAGAUUCAUCUUGGAAGUUUCAGCGCCGGUCCCCAAACCUGUGAUACAAAUACGUAGGAGUAAUAAAAACCCUAAUGCUGUGGAUUUAAUAUGCAAAUACAUACAUGGAACAAUCAUCUGGAAGAAUUCUGCUGGAAAAAUACUGAAGGACUCAAAUCACGAUCCAAAAGGAGAGUUCAUCACAGUCGAAAACAAAAGAAAUCCAAACAACUACUACACCUGCACAGUCAAGAAUGCCGUGAGUGAGAAGACCAGUGAUCCGGUCUAUGAGAGAGAUCUGUUUAAAGGUAAGGCAGCAGUUUACUUCAUUAUUUACUAAUGAGGAAAUCACUAU